AUGGCUUCUGGUGACAAUUUUUACGGGGACCAUGUACUGGAGAAGCUGGUGGAUUUCUUGAAUGACGCUAUAGAUGACUUUCUGUCAUUUAGUAAUCCCAAGUCUUGUUGUGAGAAGCUUGAGGUCCUGCUUACUCAAGAUCACGCCCACGUAGUUCUGAAAUCAAACACAGAAAAUUUACGUCUACUCUUCAGAUUAUAUCCUCUUCACCAUGUCUCUUUGCAUGCAUACAUGACACUGGCUUCUGCAUAUAAAGUCUCUGAAAGUGACCUGCUGGCCCUAGAUUCCGAAAGUGAUAAGCAUCAAACCGAAGCUUUUAGUAUGAUCAGAAAGAGUGCAGCAUAUUCCUUGUUGCUUGCAGGUGCAACCCACCAUUUAUUAGAGUCUGAAUCUUCUCUCAUUGUGCCUGUUUCAAAUUUUUGGACGACUGCUGAUGGUCAUGAUGAAAAUCCAGAGUUUGCUGAGGUAACUAGCAAAUUUUUGAAUUGUGUUACCGCUAUAACACCAAAAAUCUGGGAUUUUCUCGUGGAGGAUGGUGGUUACUUGAAAGUAGUUGAGGAUCCCAUUAACUUUAGAUGGCUUGGGGGGAGUAGGAUGUCAUCUUUUACUCAUUUUGCAACUCAUGCUACAAGUCCUAAUGCAGACAAAACAAAUUCUGGACUUGAAGCACAAGACUAUCACAGCGAGAUACGGGUUAAUUUAUUCUUGCUUGGCAUUCACUGCUUAAUCUAUGGAGCAUUUUUGUCAACUAUAUGUUUUGGUUCUCAUUCGCCGCUCAUGUCUAAAGUUGAAAGUCUUCUAUGUCUCCAAGGUUUUCCGAAUGGUUAG